AUGGCAUAUGUGCGCCAUGUCGCUCAAACCUGCCCCCGGCGGCUACUUCGCGGCCUCGCGUCGAGCGCGCGGUCGUGGGCGGUGCGCCGCCCCUUUCAGCAGCGCAACGCGCGGCGGGACGACGCGUUUGAGCCGCGGCUCGCUCCACUCGUGCCAUCGACCGCCGAGCCACACGUGCAGGCGUGGGUGAGCGACUGGGAGGCGGCGGCGGGGCAGGCCGACGCACGCGCGGGGAUCGCGCUGCUCCGCUCCGACGUCUGGGACCUCCCGCUGCGGCCCGACCUCGUCCACCGCUGCGUCGUCGCGCAGCACGCGGCGCUUAAGCAGGUGCACCGCGCCGGCAAGUCACGGCACGAGGUGCGUGGCGGCGGUCGCAAGCCGCGGCCGCAGAAGGGGACGGGCAAGUCGCGCCAGGGCUCCAUCCGCGCGCCGCAAUGGCGCGGCGGCGGCGUCGCCUUCCCGCGGCAGCGGCGCGACUUUGCGAUGUCGCUGCCGCGGCGCGUGGUCGACGCGGGGACAAAGGUCGCGCUGUCGGACAAGUUGCGCCGCAGCGCGCUGCUGCUGGUGGGGCGGCUGGCGCUCGACGAGCCGAAGACGUCGGCGCUGCUCGAGCGGCUGCAGCGGCUCGGCCUCUCGCUCCCGCACACGCGCGCGGGCGGAGGGCACAAAGCGGCGGCGAGGCUCGCGGCGCAAAACAUCCCGGGCGUGUCGAUGUGCCUCGCAAAGGACGUGAGCGUGCUCAAGCUGGUGUCGCACUCGGUGCUCCUGCUCUCGCUGGAUGGGCUGCGAGACCUCGAGAGCCGGCUCGGCGGGCCGGCGCCGUUCCCGCGCCGCACGUGGCCGCCGUCGGCGGUGCUGCGCGAGUGGCAAGCCGCGAACUGA